GGCAGGCACGCUUAUGCACUCUCCUGUCAUAGAAGACAAAAUAAGCGUUGAAGACGGUUUGAAGAAAAAGCGUCAUGAUACAGUUCUAAAUAUUUGUGCUUUUUGCACAAAUGCAAUUUUUGUUUAGCUCUUUUAUUUCCUGAUAGCGUACCCAAGACAUAAAUGAACAUAUUCUAGACGACGGUUCUUUUGUUUCAUUUUUGUCCUUCCAUUUUCUCAUCAAUCGGUGCUUGCAAACAUCCAAAUGACGUCAAUAAAACUAAAACCCGAGGAAGGAGAUUUGAUAGAUGUUCCCAAUGGGAAAACUGUCAUCGGUCGUGGUGCAUUCCUAAACGUUGUAGACAAAAGGGUUUCAAGAAAUCAUGGUAUACUAGAGGUGGACAAUGGAAAACUGUAUUUAACACCUACCCACAGUAAUCCCUGCUUCCUGCAGAAGGAUGGAGGAAUGGUUCCUAUGGUCAAGGAUCAGAGGAAGUUGAUGGAAGAUGAGGAAAUAUUUGGCUUACUGCGAGACAGGCUUUUUUUCAGAAUCAUGUAUGAUGUUCCCAAUGGGCCAAUAAAAAGUGAAGAGAAAAAAGCAACUGAUGAAACAUCUAAACACAACGGUGAAGAAAAUUCAAGCCAGUCAAAAAAGCCCUCCAAUGUGAAGUUAGAGGUGAAAGAAAAGCAAACUUCUUCAGAUAAAAGGAGAGUUCUUCCUGGUUGGAUGAUGGAAAUUGCUGGAGAUUCAGUCACCAAAAUGAAAAGUAAAUCUCCCGCCAAACGUGCCGCACCAGUGAAGAAGAAAGCAGAAUCUGAAGAGGAAUGGGACGAGGAAGAAUCGGAGGAAGAGGUCAAACCAAAGGCCAAAGGUCGUGGACGUCCAGUUAAAGCUGAAAAGCCGAAGGGGGAUGGGAAGAGAGCAAAGUAUGCUGAGUCGAGUGAGGAAGAAGAUGAGUUUGACGAAUCUGAAGAAGAGGUCAAGCCAAAGAGAGGCAGAGUGAAGAGGCAGUCGUCGGAUGAUGAACAUGUGAAGGCGAAGAAAAAGAAACGGGGAAGAAACCAGUCUGAUGACGAGCAGUCGACCAGUCAACGUGGAAGGCCCUCCCGCUCUGCAGCAUGCAAACGAGGCAGCUAUGUUGAUGAUUUUGUGGCUCCGGAUGAGGUGUCUGAGGAGGAGGAGGAAGAAGAGGAGUCGGAUAAGAAUCUGGACAGUGACUUCCAGAUUGACGACGACCUGGAGGAUUCUGGGAGUGACUGGGAAAUGUCGCAGAAAGCAAAACAGAAACCUGUAAGACAAGGUACCAGAAAAUCCGCCCGUCAUGGGAGAAAGAAGAGGUACACAUCUGAUUUCUCUGAUGACGAUGACGAAGAAUACACCCCACGCCCCACCAAGAGGAGGGCCAGUCUGUCGGCCAAUAAAAAGUUUAAAUCCUACAGACGUGGCGAGGACAGCGAUUAUAGCGAGGAAGAGGAGAGACCCUCAAAGAAAUCCCCAAAGAAAAGCCGAGGAUCACCAGCUAGAGGAAAAAGGCGCAAAGCUAAGUCUGAAUCAGAGGAAGAGGAGAGCGUAGAGGAGGAAGUGUCAUCAGAGGAGGAGGUGAAAAAAAAAGGGAAGAAUAAAAGGGACAGGAAGCAGUUAAGUUCAGAGGAAGAAGAGGUUUCAGAAGAAGAGAAGCCCAAGAAAAAAAAAUCAAAGGAUCCCAGUGAAAGUGAGGACUCUGAGGAAGAGACCGCCAACAAGAAACAGAAGAAAGGCGCCAAAGAGGGCGCCAAAAAGAAGCGCCGGCCUUGUCAGUUUGGGAAAAAAUGCUACAGAAAAAAUCCUGUUCACUUCAAAGACUACUGUCAUCCUGGUGAUGAGAGCUAUGAGGCGAGUGAUGAGGAGAAACCGGAGUGCCAGUACGGAGCCGACUGCUACAAGACUAAUCCUGAACACAGGGCCAAGUUUAAACACCCAGUGAAUAUUCCAUUUCCAUUUCCAGCUAAGCGACGUGUGGUUUCUAAGGAUAAUGAUGAUGAUGAUGGCCUGCCAAAUACUUAUGACUACAAUGACAGUUUUAUCAAUGACGAGGGUGUUUCCGACUCGUCUGGUUCUGAUGGGGAUGAUGAUUCUGAUUAUGAUCCAUAGGACUCUCAAGAUCUGCAUGACCUUCAAGAUCUGCAUGACCUCUAAAAAGAGGCAUCGAAAGUGCAUGAAAAAAAGAAACUAGUAAAAAUAAAUUGUCUUCAUUAGAUAUGCAUUGAAAAUGUCCAUGAUAACUGCCAUAUUGAGAAAUUUGAGAGGUUUGUUUUUAGAUCAUGUGUACCAGAGGUUUCAAAAGAAGUUUGUCUGUUGUCUGAUACUAUAGAAUCUUAUUUUCUUGUGGUGGUCAAUUUUCCAGGUCUGAGGAGAGAAAAUAUCCAUUUUAUUGAUUUAGUGGUUAGGAAGAAAUUAUUAUUUUUUUGUUUGGUAGUUCACCGUUUCUGUGUCGAUGGAGGAUUGAAAUUUGUGAAUAUAUCGAUACUGCAAAAUAAGACAGAGUUACCCCCAUGGAAAUUAUUGAUUUACUUUGUCUCUCUGUUGUUUAAGUUAGAUGUCAUUUUAAUUACCAACUGGAGUUAAAUCCCAUAACAGUUAUGUUCAGUUUAUAAUACUUGGUGCUUUUCAGGUGAGUAGUAUGACCUGUAAGCCUAAUGGUUUUUUAUGUCUUCAGUAAUGUAUUUUAUCAUACAGCAUUGUAAUCAUGCCCACUGUCAUUGCAAUUUUUAAAAUUUUAAUCUUAGUGUGAAACAUGCUAUUCCUGCUCUUUUUUAGUAUGAGUUUAGAUUGAAUCACUGUAGUUUGAGCUGGGAAUAUUUGAGAGAAAUUUUCACAGCGGUCUGGUACUUGUCUGUUCUACCUACAUUUACAUUAUUUCAUGAAAAUGUAUUUAAUUUUUUCCUCAAGUCAAGUCUUAAGACGAAUAUUUAUAUCAAUUCGCUCAUAUUGUUUUUGGUACCAUCAUCAUCUUUUACAUGUGUUCAUCUUAUUAUGGUAGUAACUCUGUAUGCACAAUAAGGUAUCCACUUAGUAUUAAUAAAAAGUAUCUUAGUUGUGUACAAGGUGGCCAAACUCAGUUACAGUUGUAUAUAUGAUGGGUUAACUAUGUCUGUCUAGCCAUUAAAGAUGCUGACGGAUAUUUUCCAAAUGUGUUUUCUAUAUUGCAUUUUCCCCUGUAAAUUAUCUUGUUCACCAAGAAUUUUUUUUUUUUUGUUGUCCAGCAUCAUCGUGGUUGUUUGUUUUAUGGUUAUUGUAAAUGUGUAGACUUUGUUUUGUGGAAAUGUUGAAGUGUGACUGAAUGAGUUAUUAAAGUAUAUCUGAAUUUUACAUGCAUGGAAUUUAACUGUGGAUCUCAGCUCAGUAUGUGAAUCUUAAUGCAUAUACAGUGAUCAUUUUACACAAAUUUAAAUAGUAUUCAUUCUACGCAAAGCAAAAGACUUUGUAGUUAAAUUUACUUAUUGUCCAAGUAUUUUUGUAUCCGUACAAAUAGGAAUUUUGUACAAAAUUCAACAAUUUCCCAUAUAUUUUAUAAAACUUCAUUUUAAGUGAUUGUAAUACCUGUCUUAAUUCUCUCUGUUUUUAAUCAUUGUGGUGAAGCCUGUGCUUUUUGUACUUUUGAGUUUUUCAUAUACAUAUGUGUUUGUCACCCUCAUAAUCAGCAUUGCAUGUACAUGUAUGCAUAGUAAAUCAUCGUUAUAUGAUGUAGUGUAAUGUUUCAUGAUUUACCUAACGAGUAUGGUAUGAAGCAAGGACUACUCAAAAUCUAAUGAAAAUCCUUUGAUCCUUAUUUUCACCUCACAACAGUUGAUCUUGUGCAGCAAAUGUAAGUAAGAUGGGACAAAAUAAGACUACCUUUCCGGGGUUGUUUAUAUCCCACCUGGCUUGGAUUUCUUGGGAAAAAAACUUAAGACUUUUCUUUGAUUUGAGCAAAAUCUCCGACUUAGUUCAAGUUUUAACUUAAGUUUCUUACGAGAAAUGCAAGCCAAAGAAGUUGCAGGGGUAUGAUGUUUUAUAGUAGGUGCCCAGCUGAGGAUGAUGUGGAAGAACUAGCCAAUCAAUAUGAUACUUCACUUAAAGGCCUACUUCUAUAUUAUGUGGAUGUAAAAUUGGCUUAGCAUUGACCUUUUGAUACAUUUCUUCAUUUUUAUCUAGAGAUUCCUACUGAUUUUCAAGGAUAUCUCUCAAAUGACAAGGUUACUACUGCAGAUAUUUAGAAGUCGUAUGAAGACUGAAGUAAAUUUCAUCCCUUGUAUUGCAAACUUUGUUUUCUCAUAUGAUCUUGGAGUCGUACAUUGCACUCAAAAGUGUGUCGAUUUUAAGGUUCAAAAGCAAAUGUAUAUAUUAAAGACAUUUUCACCCAUUUC